UUCAAUAAUAAUAUGGACUAUAAACGGUUUGAGCGCAGUUCUUAGUGUACACUUGGAGUCUCCGAACGCAGCCAAAGGAAUUACUGACGUCAGGCAUACCUCACUAAGCAGAGUGCGGCCCACUAGUGGUGAGCAGGGAGCUGCUUCGGAGGGUAUGUGGAGCAAUCGUGGAAGAGGACUCCAGUCCGACCUUGUCUGGCUCACAGUCCCGCGUCUGGUCCGUGCGUAACGCUGCUAAAAUAGUUGGUCGCCCUUACAACUCCUUCGGGCGCGUACAACUUUGGCUUUCAUUCAUAUUUUCUUUUUUUAUUCGCAACACAUCCACGUCUGGGUGAUGUGCACAGAAAUAGAGCAACACUACUCCCAACCUCUUCCGCAUAUUGGAUUUCUAUGCAAAGAGAAGGUCGCCAGUGUCCCUCCAAGGAUUGGAAAUGAAGACUGCUGCUGACACGGAACCAGUGUGUUUUUGACUUAUAAUACGUCUUUCUGUGCAGUUUUCUUCAAGGGAUUUUCCCCAGUUUACGAGUAAAGUAUCUCCUCUCUGUGUGGGAUAAUUCGCUGCAUUGCCUAUUUGAAUCCAACCCCAGUUUUUGGACGAGCCUGUGCAGACCAUUGUACAGCGCGCAAAUUUGGUCAUAAUGCAUUUUAUUUAGGAAAACCACUGGAUAUACAAAGUGCCAAAUUUGAGCCGGAAUGGCGAACGAGUAUAAUCGCAAUAUUGUGGAAAAGUAUAUCUGCCAUAAACUCUCCAAACGGGGAUACGCGUGGGGAUUUGACGGUGUCCAGGAUGAAGAUGCUGCUAAUAACGGGUCAAUAAAUGACCCUCCACCGACUUUGGUCCGCCGGUGCCGAGAACCCAGCAACGGGCCUGACGGCGAGAGCAACACCCACCUCUGCAGACGGCUCCCACAGUCCGACCCACACGCAGACAUCCACAGAGUCCUGCGAGAGGCUGGAGAUGAACUUGAAAGACUGUACCAGCCGGACUUCACGGAGAUGUCGCGGCAGCUGCAUCUCACCUCCGCCACGGCGCAGAGGAGAUUCGCCGAGGUGAUAGACGAACUGUUCCGGGACGGAGUGAACUGGGGCCGGAUUAUUGCUUUCUUCGAGUUUGGGGGCACGGUGUGCGUGGAGUGCGCUUCCAACGAGGGGAUGACAUCGCAGGUGGACAACAUCGCAGAGUGGAUGACGGAGUAUUUAAAUGGACCUCUUAACAGCUGGAUACAAGAUAACGGGGGAUGGGAUGCAUUUGUGGAGCUGUAUGGCAGACAGAGGGAGUCCGUCUUCAGUUGCUCCUGGCCCUCCAUCAAGACAGUUUUCGGCUUGGCUGCACUCGGAGCGGCCAGCCUCACCAUCGGAGCAUAUCUUACACAAAAGUGAACAAGCCCUCUUUUUCAAUCAGCUUCACUUUUCAUCUCAGCAUCCUCCUCUUUUUCCUGGUGCCUCUCCUUCUUUUUCCUUUUUUUUUCUCCCCUUUUUUAAGAUGCCCAUGACCCCUCAGAGACAACCUUCAGACUCUUCUGAAUCUCUUCAAAGCCUCUCCCAGAAAACUCCCUCUUCCCUGCCUCUUUGUGUCAAAACAGACACAAAUCAAAACAACUGAAGAAACCAGAGGCAAAACCCAUAGAGCAAAGGAUGCAUUUUAGAUGUAAUCACACUAAGCUGACUACAACUGAGGAGAAACAAGGAGUGCAUGUUUUUCUUUUCUUUUCUUUUUUUUUUUCUUUUGCUCUGCCUGCUUCAGUAUGAGUUAUAGCAUGAAAGUAGAGUGUUAGUUUAGACAUUGCAUGUGUAGGUCCUUCGUGGCGGUGGUGGCAAGGAUGAUGAUGACGAUGAUGCCAGAGAGGACGAAGCUGCGGUCCUGACCCCUGCUCGUUAGGGUGAAGGACCCCAUUUGAACUGUGGACUCCAGUUACCCCCUUCAAAGGACUUCCUCCACACAACAGCUGCUCAGAAUGUGUAAUGGAAAUAGCUCGCUACAACCGACGCAGUGUGUGUCUACUCCUUUCACCCCUCAGACCGCUCCAGUGAACUCUGAACACACUGCUCCAUUAUACUCUCCCCGGCCUGUGAUGGAGGACAGGCUGGUAGAAGACUGAGCUCUUUUGCAGUGCUUUGAAAGCGCCUGUGUUGGUUUUAAUUUUUGCAGCAAACCAAAUCAAAUGGUUUGCAUGUGGAGUGGGUUUUUUUUUUGUUUUUUUUUAAAAAGGAGUUCAAAAAAAAUUAUGCAAAGAAGCCUGAUGGAUGUUGCAGAAUAUCAUGAGAAAGAUGUGCAACACAAAAGCAUGAGGUAGAAGUAAAAUAAACUCUUUUUUUUUUUUUUUUAAAGGAGUAGGGUCUUGCAGCAUCAAGAGUUUUAAGUUCCUGAUAUGACUCCUUUUCUAAAAUCACUGCCCUACAAAAUAUAAUCACAGCUUGUACUAUUAGCACACAAAAUGGCUAAAAAUCUAUCAGUUCUUGUUUCAUUUCUUUUCUUUAAUUGAAUGGGCUCGCCCAGGUUUCAGAGCUGACCCCGGCUGAGGACUCACAGUGACCUGGUAGCGCUAAAGAAUAAACUCUGACAAAGAUGGCUGAACCGAGGACAGUUUCUCACAGAUGACUGAGCGGAUGGAAGAAGUAAAGCCAGCAGGUCCCAUGUGCUGGAACCUGAGAUGUCCCUUCUCUCCGGCCCGCAAAUGCAUCCACUCAUUGAUUUGUUCCUUUCAGCCUGGUUUUUAUUGAUGUUUGUCUUGUGUUGCAGUCCAAAAAUUUGGAACCACUCACAGGCUCCAAAAUACUUUGUUGUACAGAAAGUCGCUUUUGGAAAAGUGGUUUUAUUUCUCUGUCACUAAAACUCUCCAGCUUCUUUGUUGUUGCAUGAAUGAAAGGCAUUGUCUUAACACAAUGAAUACCCACUAUGUGUAACCAUAUUUAUAACAGAAUAGGCUAGAGGGCAAGAAAUAACAACAAAGAAGUUGCUUUUUUUUUCUCUAUUUAUUCAGAGGUACCAGAUCACAGAUUUUUGAUAGUUUCUUUCUCUCUUUGCUAUUCUAUGGAAUCACACUGUAACUACGUCAUUUCCUGGCUGCUAUUAUAACAAGAAAAAAAAAAUGUUUGAAAAAGUGAUUUUCUGUGUUGUAUUAUCAUUGGCUUAAGGCUGCUAUACUGUUGAUUUUACUUACAGCUUAAACUGCCACAAUUUUACAGUAUAGUUUGAAAGAGAGCUGGAAACCAAAGUUAACUUGUAUUAAUCUUUGAUUUUAAAAAAAGAAGAAGGAAAAAAAAAAUACAUAAUAGCUUAAGGAGAAAACACGUUGCUUCAAUUCACUGAGAGUCUGUCCAGUGAGGUUUUGUGAUCUCUCUGUGGAGGGUUUGUCUCGUGUUACUGUACUAUAUUAGCCUAACUUUUGUCAACUUUGUGCUCCAAUGAUAACUCAGUGCUUAUCUGUAAAAAUGUUGACCUGCCAGACCUAAACCUUGUCUCAGCUCUCACUUUAAAAAGACCCAGUUGUCAUUACAACAGCUAACAGUGUGAUAUUUGAUGUGUGUUUGUGUGCGUGUGUGUGUGCGAGUGUGAAACAGGGUGAUAUGAGCAGGAAUAGGAAGACUUUAACAGCAAUAUACUGUAAUUUUUUUUAUACUCCGUGCAUAUAUGAAUGUAGCACUAUGGUUUCUGUGCUGUUUAAUGUCUAUAAUCACAAAUCUGUAGCACUUAAAAGAAAAAAAAAAGUGAAUUGUGUUUCUGUUGUUUACUGCUAUAUCCACGAUAAGCUAGUGGGUUCAUAUUGUUCCUAAUAAACCCGAUUUCUCCAGCA